GCACGCCCUGAACUGCCACAGAAUGAAGCCGGCCCUGUUCAGCGUCCUCUGUGAAAUCAAGGAAAAAACAGCGCUGGCGGCGCGGGGCCCCCCGGAGGAGGAGCCGCCGGACGCGCAGCUGCUGCGCUUGGACAACAUGCUGAGGGCUGAGGGCGUGGCCGCCGCUCCCCGCCACAAACCCCCCAAAACGGGACAGGAACCCCCCAAAACCGGACCAGAACCCCCCAAAAUGGGACAAGAACCCCCCGAAAUCCCCGAGGAGCCCGCAAAAAUGGCAGAGGAGCACGGAAAAUUGGGAGAAGGAGGCGGAAAUGGGGGUGUGGAGCCCGGGGCGGAGCACUCGGAUUACCGAGCCAAGCUGGCCCAGAUCCGGCACAUCUUCCACGCCGAGCUGGACAAGUACGAGCAGGCGUGCAGCGAGUUCCGGGCGCACGUGCUGACGCUGCUGCGGGAGCAGAGCCGCACGCGGCCGAUCGGGCCCCGCGAGAUCGAGCGCAUGCUGGGGGUGAUCCAGGGCAAGUUCAGCUCCAUCCAGCUGCAGCUCAAGCAGAGCACCUGCGAGGCCCUCAUGGUGCUCAGGGCCAGGUUCCUCGAUGCCAGGAGGAAACGGCGCAAUUUCAGCAAGCAGGCCACCGAGGUGCUGAAUGAAUAUUUUUACUCUCACCUGAGCAAUCCCUACCCCAGCGAGGAGGCCAAGGAGGAGCUGGCGCGCAGGGGCGGCAUCAGCGUCUCCCAGGUGUCCAACUGGUUCGGGAACAAGCGCAUCCGCUACAAGAAGAACAUGGGCCGGUUCCAGGAGGAGGCCGAGGCCUACAGGGGCCGCCAGCGCCCCUCCCCCCCCCCGGCCUCAGCCUCCUCUGGGUCCUUUAAAAUGACAAAUUCUGGGGAUUCUUUCCUGAACCUGAGUUCCUACCAGAGCCCUCCCAGCGUGCAGAACCAGUUGGAUUUCCUGCAGCAGCCAGGGAGGUUUGGGAGCCCUUUGUUCUCCUCCCAGCGCCUCGAGGCCAAUGGCUGCUGGCCGGACGCCGCCACCCCCUCGUCCCUCACCGACCCGGGCAGCGACGCCUCCAAUUAAAGAAUUUGGAAUUCCAAGGACCUUUUUGAGAGGAGAGAGGUCAAUUAACGCUAAUUAAUCACGGGCCGAUAAAAUGAUUGACUUCUAAUUAAUGAAUUAAUUACCUCAGACCACGCCAAUAGAUUGUGAUGGCAGCGACGCCUCUACCUCUCAGUUAUUUAUAUAACUUCAUUUCGCCUCAGAAAAUGCCAUUUUUUUAAGGAAAAACUUUGGAUUUUACACAAAGGACCUGAAGAAGAAGGGAAAAAGAAAGUCUUGGCUUUUUUUUCUCCAGUUUUACAGCGGAAAAAAUGGAUUUAUUUUCGUUUUUGUCUGGUUUUUUACACUGGGAUUUCUGCUCUAGGUGAGUUAAACCCCUCCUGUUGUAAUUGGAUGUUCUCUGUAUUGGAAUUUUCUACAGGGAAUUUCUGUAGGAAAUUCUAUAGAGAAUUCUGCAGGAAGUUUUUAUUGAUUAAUUGAGCGAAUUAAUGGAAAAGUUGCUUUACCAAACGUCUCGCCGAACGUCCAUUGGUGUCAUUCCAAGGGAUUUCAUAUCGGGAAAUUCCACGGCUUCACUUUUCCUGCUGAAAAAGUCCAAAAAAUAAAAUGAAAAACCCCAAAUUUACCACAAAACAGCCGAUCCACGGGAUUUCCCCAUGGGAAUUCAAGGGGGUUUGUGCCACUCUGGUGCUGUUCUCAGAGUCCAACCCUUUCAGUUGAGAUUUUAUCAAAGAAAAUAAAA